UAAGGAUUUAUUCGUGAUUUUUCGUCGUUUUAUAUUGAGAUGUUAUAAAAUGUGAUGGUCAAACGUGCAUGGUAACGUGUAAAGGAUUGUAUAACAAUACGUCUUCGUCUACGGGGUGUUGGAAUGUUUGAACAGCUGAUGGUGUAAAUAAAUACUCCGCAUGUAGAGAAGCUACACGCAUGCAGAGAACUGUCGGGAUUCUCGGCUUAAGAAGACUUGUCCCUCUAUUUUAACUGAAAUGGAUUAAAGUGUCCCUUAAAUUGAAAAUUAAAGUUACAUAUACCAUGAAUCAUGAAAAAGGAGGAAAUAAAAUAAAACCAUGAUAAAAGUUCAUUUAGGUUGUGUUUGUGUGAAGACGUUUACAGAAAAAAAUAAUUACUGAGUGAUGUCUACAUGUGUGAUAUAAGCAGUGUUUUGUGUGAAAAAGAAGCAGAAGAUAUAUUAUUAUGAUGAAGUUUUCCGGUGUUAUUAGUGUGGUUUCCUUACUUACGUGCUUCAAUGCUGUCAGCGGCCAGUGCAGCGGGCGGGAGAGUCUCAGCUUCAUGCGAUGGUCGGGGGUGACCCCGGGGCUGGCGCGGCCGGUGUUCGUGUACUCCGCUAGUGGUGAUGAGCCUUCCCUCACUGGGGCUUGCCUUGCCAGGUGUCGCGAGCUGGAUGCGUGCGCGGCGGUGGCGGUGGCGUAUGGAGGCGGCAACUGCCAGGGGGUCGCCGCGAGCCAGGACUGGGGGUUGAGGGUCGACAGUGACGCGGCCUUCUUUCAGAAAACCUGCUUGGAGUUGCCCCCCUCAUGCGCCCCCCGCUGGUGGGUGCUGGAGGCCACUCCCGGGCACCAGCUGCACGCGGCGCGCCGCCCCCCCCUCCAAUCCACGCUGCAGGAGUGCGGGGCCCGAGUGUUUACUGAUGCUGAUGAGGAGUAUAGAUCAGCGCAAUGGGUGGGUCCGGACUCCUCCUCGGACAGCAUCUCUUCCCCAGAUGCCGUCGGGAGCUGCCUGCUCGCUGCUGGAGACAAGUUCACUGACCCCGAGGCCUACCGCGUUGCCAACUACCAGACGGUGUAUGUGGAGAACCAGUGCCGGCAUGAUUACUCCAAGAAGAUAGACCGGUGUUCGUACGAGGAGUACUUCAACCAGACGCUGAGACACGUCGAGCUCACCAUGAGUGACUUCACUAAGGACCAGUGUAAGUCAGCAUGCGAGACGGAAGACCGCUUCGUAUGCCGUGGCUUCACGUGGAGCCUGCCUCAAGGUCGCGGCCGCAGUCAAGGUCAAGGUGUCGAAGGUCAAGGUCAGGGCGUGUGCGACCUGCACAGCGAAGACCUGGUGUCGACUGGCUCUUGGCUGUUAAGGAGGACUAAUGCUGCCACGUAUUAUAGGAGGGUUAUUUGUUUGAAUAUAUCAGUAGAAUGCACCGACACAUCCAUGUCUGUGCGCUAUCGACCGCGCGGUUCAUUCACCGGUCGAGUGUACGUGCCGGGGCGCGGCGAGCAAUGUAGUGCGCGCGCGAGCGGACCUGUCGUGAGACUGGAGUUGCCGUUGUACGGAGAUUGUGAUGUGCAUUUCGCUCAUGCGGUGGACCAGCGGCCGGGGUUUCCUGCUAACAGAACAAUGGCGUACGUGAUGCUGAUGAUCCAGAACAACCCCAUCAUCCAGACGGCGGGGGACCGCUGGGUGCGCGUGGGGUGCACGCCCGCCGCCGCCGGUGCCCACUCUGUGGACGCGGUGGUCGCCGUCACUGACACUGGCAAGCCAUCUCUCUCCACCGACCCGUACCUCCCCAUGGCAGCCAGCUCCGUCCUCAACAACUCACUGGGCGCGUCUCUGUCGCUGUACGUGGUGAGGACUCACGAUGCUCCGAGAGUGCAAGGGGCGGCGCUGGGCGAGCCGCUGGAGCUGAGGCUCGAUACUACUGAGGAGUCAGACAUCGAGGCGUAUCAUUUGGUGGCGUCUUCGAGACUGGGAGACAGCUCUGUGUUGCUGCUCGACAGCCAGGGGUGCCCUACGGGACAGGUGGAUUUUCCCCCCUUCACGCGCACCCGAUCGGGCGGCACGCAGCGUCUCUCCGCGCGGUUCAAGGCCUUCCGCUUCCCGACGUCGCACGUCGUGAGGUUCUCACUGAUGGUCCGGUAUUGCGGGGGGAACUGUGCUGUGCCAAAUUGCGCCAAAAUGAACCGCGCAGCGCGAGAAACAAACGACACGACCGAAUCCGGAGAAGAAACCAUUUUUUACACCGACGGAGAGAACGGAGUCUCAGCUUCCAUUCGCGAGGACUCUGGUUGGUCAGCCGCCUCGCCGCCAUUGGUGGUUGCUCAAGGGGGCGUGGCCAAUGGCUGUGGAGAGGGCGGGGCCUUGGAGCUGGAGAUGAUGGUGGGCGGGAAGGAUCUUCUGACCGCUGACACCCUGGUACAUGCUGACCAUAGGAGCACUAUGUUUGACGAGGAACGCCGCUACCCGGACGCGGCGCUAGUGUGCGUGCACGAGCUGCUCCUAGUCUGCGUGGCGCUGGCCUGGCUCGCCGUACAGCUGCUGCUGCUGAUUGGCUGUUGUGUGCUCGUCAAACGAUACAGAAACUUGGCCGAAAUGAGCAUGCAGAAGGACUACCACUCUUUCGACAACGUCGGCUUCGACACGGUGUCGACGCAUCGCCGCGUGCACUGGCCCGACCAGAGUGUCGACAUACUGCACACCACGUAGUCGACAGCCGAAACAAUGUCGAUAUAUCGGAGAUACAGUGUCGACAUAUCGAGAUACAGUGUCGGCAUACCGAGGAUACAGUGUCGACAUAUUGAAGAUUCUGUGUCGACAUAUUAUUAUGUCGUAGACACAUCAGUGACACAGUGAAGUCAUGUCAUGAUCAAUAUUAGUGAUCAAGAUGCC